CAUAUAAAACUUUCGUGCGAUACCCUAACAGGGUAAAAACCACGCGUGAUCAGAAUCAGAGACAAAGGCGGCGGCGAGGUCCCGCAGUCGCGGCGGCCGGCGAGUCCUACUUGAGUCCGGACGGACACGGAUUCUCCUGAAAAAAGGGCUACCUUCCAAUCGAAGCAGUAACAACGACGGACAAAUCUCCCUCUCGAAGACUCUGUCUCUCUUGUCGCUGGCGGCUGGCGGCUGACGGAGACAUUGCUUGCUAGCAACCUCGAUCGAUCCUUCGCCGCCCAUCUCCUACUUUCCUUCGGACUCACGCCAAACUGGAAACAAACCGAGUUGUUACGCAACAAGAAACUACUACAGGAGUUUGGUACUGAAUAGCGAAACUGGAAAGGGACAUCGCGACGCGCAUGAACUAGAUUAAGAUGCAUCCGAGGAAUCACAGAAGCCAAUCAGCCCGCCCCAGGGGACGGAAUUCUGCGCCGUGGGGAGUAGUGCCAGCCGAGACCCUCCUCGAUCCCACAGAAGAGCCAAGCAGGUCCGAGAACGAUGGCAGCGGCGGCUCGAGGAAGAGGACGAGAUCCGACCAGGGACGCUGCAGCACGCCACCGUGCCGUGCGUCUACACGGACAAAGAAGAAGCCAAGAAGGUAUAGUUCGGAAGAAGUAGAAACAGAGUUCCGUGGAUGCCUGGACCCCAAGAACCGUGGGAGACGCUCCGUCCGGCCUAGGGGCAACAAGCCUGCUGGCACGUCAUGGGCAAUGUCGCUGGAUGGGUUUCUGAAUCUUGGAACGGCUGCAAGCAGCACGCUUCAGAGUGGUGGCUCGGAGAAGAUGGAGUCGACUCCUAGAGACGCAGACGCGGCUAAGGUUGAGGAGAACCGCGGUGCGGCUAUUGAGCAGGGCAAUGGAGCAGGUGCGAACUGUGCUGACAAGCAGCUCAGUGUAGCAGCUGAUAGUAUUACUUCACUUGAUACAAAGGGCAGGAAUCAUGGAGGUGAUAAUGUUGCAGCUGAGCUCAAGGUGAGCAAUGGUACAUAUGCAAACUCUGUUGUGCAGACCAUUGUCCCUGCAACAGAUACUUUACCUCACCUCAAGGAGAGCAACCGUCCCGGUGCCGACGCACUUCAUAGGACUGCCGUUCAAACAAAUAAUGACUUUGAUCCCCUGAAACUGAAAGACAGAGCAAACGAUGCAGCAGGUUUUGACUCCAAAACAGUUUCAGGCCUGGUUCUAGAGAAUGGGAACGUUGAGUUUGAUCUUUCAAGUGCAGAAUCUGCUCUGGCGUCCCUCUAUGGAGAAUCUGACAGAGACACGUGCAUCGAGUUCGCCGUCAAGAUCCUAAUGAACGAAACACCCUUGCCAAAGGAGGCUGUAGAAAUCCAAGAAUUCUUUGCAGAAAAGAUCCACUGCGAGAAGAGAGCGAUGAGGCAAAGGCAAGAAGGACCGAAUAAAAGCUGCUCUGUUUGGGCAAACUUUCAAAGUGAUAAGUUGCAGUUGGCAUCCAGAUGCUAGCAAUCCUGAUUCAAGCAUCUCAUGAUGUUUAGGCGUACUGUUAAUCUGAUGAUAUACCUCAACUAUGGUUAUUGAUUGGUAGCAUAUUAUUUCCCUUCCCAGAUUGGGACUUUGGGGUGUGCGACAGUGUAUACUUUUUUCAAAUUUCUGAAUUCUCA